AUGACGCGCGAUAUCCCAGACGACUUUACCGCUGUUCUACCGCCAACAUGGAUCAUAACCAUCAACAAUCAGUCCAGCCAGAGUCAAAACUACGCAAUAUUUUCCGAGGUGCCACUGAUUGACAGCUCGACCAAGCCUGACAAGGUGUACAACAAUGUGAUUGCAGUGGCCGACAACGUCUCUGCACACAGUGGCCUGGGGGUCUUUGAAAUCAGGAAGCAGCUUCAAGCCACAUGCGGGAGGCUUGUUCUAUCCGGUGGCGACAAUUCGACCCUGUUCGGCGAGAAGAGCCCCAAUCCGCCGGAUGUGGUGUCGAUCGUCGAGGUCGUUGACAGGUGCUCAAUUACACUCGGCAAGACCCUUGCCGAUGGGACGGAUAGUCCUGGCACGAAAUGUGUUAUCCAAGUCACCAACAAUGAAACGCCAACAUUCAAAACCCCGUCGUUGACAGGAGGCAAGGCUGGGGCUUUUGCAGUCCAGACAGGCAAUGACUUUACCAGCCAAGACGCUAAGAGCAUGCAUUACUUCGUUGGAUUCGGAUCAUCCAUGAACAAAGACGUCGGCCCAUUUGCUAUAUUCGUGCCGGCGCCGGUUCAGACAUACCAAAUCACCCCACAGGCCAAAUUCAAGAUCCUUGUUGCUGAUCUUCUGCCCAAGGCUGUUCUCACCGAUGCCCAAAAAGCUGCGGCCGCGCUCGAGAUCGAUUUUGCUAAACUGGGAGUCGAUGCUGUCGUGGUUGUUCACGAUGACAACAACAAUCUCACAAUUCAGAAGCCCGGUCCAGACCUAGGCUGA